CACAAGUGAAUGAACUGCUUCAACGAUCCUUCUUCUCUCCCUGUAAAAGUAAAGUUUUAUAAACGUGGCUACUCUCUUGACCUAUCAGAAGAGGUAGGCCUAACAAUAACACGCUCGAUAUGCAUUUCGUUAAAAUGCAUAUCAUUAGUGUAGCCUAGGUUUCUGUAGCUUAACUGAGCAGCGGCAACAGUAAUCCAUGGAUAUUAGUUAUUGUAAACUUCACAUGCAAUAGUCUGUAGCCUACUGUUGCCUUAUGACAUUUGAUACUACGUUGACACUACAACAGAUGCAAAAUUUCAUCAUAAUUUGUAACCGAAAUGAAAUAACACCACUCCUGUGAAACGCUUAAAAAAAGUAUUUUUUUUCUAUUGGGCAGCGUUCAUUAUUUAGUAGACUAUUAACCGUUAGAUCUGGUGUCGGCGUGCAGAGUUCAGUUUACCCUAAAUGAGCAUGGUAGACUUUGUUCAAGUCAUUUGUUCAAGUCGAUACAUUUGUAACAUGGAAGACAGGCUCAGGUGCUGAAUUUGCUUCCAAUCCACACAAUCUAGGGGAAAUCAAUAUGUCGUCAGUCCUCUGUCAGAGAGGAACACAGCAUGAACACAAUAUCCUGGAGACUUCUCUUUCUGUCAACAUAGGCAGCAGCAUCCCUUCAUGCAUAGGAGCACACUCUGUGAAGAAGCAAACAUGUGUGCCUGGUGAAUAUUCAGAAAAUGGCCAGAUUUAGACGUAAAUCCUGUUUGGCAUUACUGGCAUUGGCAUCAUUUAUUUUCGUAAUCAUAGUCAUUUUGAAAUCCUCAACUGAAAAGGCCUUAGACCUGCCAGAUGCAUUAGGUCCGGAGCGGUUUCCUCACGCCAACAGACAGGAAAAACCUGUAAAACAGUUACAAACUGACAGUCCAGCCCCUGAUGCAGACACUAAAGAGGUAAACAUGAACCAGGAGGCCCAGCUGGAGAAGUACCCUCCGCCCAAUUAUAAUGUUCACGCCUUCUACUACACCUGGUACGGCAAUCCGCAGUUUGACGGGAAGUACCUCCACUGGGACCACCCGCUGCUUCCACACUGGGACCCCAAGGUGGCAGCAGCGUUCCCCACGGGGCGGCACUCGCCUCCUGAUGACAUCGGGGCCAACUUUUACCCCGGCCUGGGGGCAUAUAGCUCUCGGGACCCCUCCGUCAUUGAUGCCCACAUGCGCCAGAUGCGGAUGGCAGCCAUUGGAGUGCUGGCCAUCUCUUGGUAUCCACCUGGUUUGAAGGAUGACAACGGUGACAUCACAGAUGGCAUCGUGCCCCUGGUGUUAGAUACGGCUCACAAAUACCAGAUUAAGGUGACUUUUCAAAUUGAACCCUUUAAAGGACGUGAUGAGAGGACUAUGUUUGAGAGUGUGAAAUACAUUGUGGAAAAAUAUGGAGAGCACCCAGCUUUCUUCAGGUAUAAAACAAAGACCGGGAGGACCUUGCCUUUGUAUUACGUUUAUGACUCUUAUCUGCUGAGUCCGGACAACUGGGCCCUUUUUUUAAAGCCCAAUGCGAAGAACAGUAUCAGGAAUACUCCUUAUGAUGGAAUCUUCCUGGGUCUCAUGGUGGAGGAGAAACAUAAGAGGUCCAUCUUGUCGUCCGGCUUUGAUGGCAUGUACACUUACUUCGCCACCAACGGCUUCACCUACGGCUCCACCUAUCGCAACUGGAGGUCCAUCAAGGCCUACUGCGAUGCCAACGACCUGAUCUUUAUACCCAGCGUCGGCCCAGGUUACAUCGACACCAGCAUCCGGCCAUGGAACUCGCAGAACACACGGAACCGCGUUAAGGGCAGGUACUACGAGACUGCCCUCGGUGCUGCAGUGGACGCGGGUUCCCGGGUUGUCUCCAUAACCUCCUUCAAUGAGUGGCACGAGGGCACACAGAUAGAGAUGGCAGUGCCCAAGUCAGGGGGCACUGCCUACCUGGACUACUUACCACAUAAGCCAGGCAUCUACUUACAAAUAACUCGAAAGUGGGCAGAUAAAUUCAGUGGUGAAUGAAAGGUUGAUUUGACAACCAGAUGUGAAACUGUGAAUGUGUUUUUAAAGGUAAAGAUUAAACUGUGAGUUUUCAUGAUAGCAGCAAGCUGUCAUGUGAUCUCUCCUUUUGUUGAGCCAAAUGGCUUGAUAUACAGUAUGGUUCACUUUUUGAAAGUAAAAUGUACACUAUAAUGAUGGUUAGGGAUAUGGAUGUCCCGUGAAAGAAUACCCAGUGAGCUCCUCAUCUUUCUGACUUCUUGACUUAUCUUAAUUCAAAAAAGAUGCUCAAUGCUUUUUAAAAAUGUCCAAUAAAUAAGGUGAUCUUUAA